CGGCCUUGCCAUAGAGUGCCCUUCCUCCACUGCAGCCGGUCCUCCGUCUCCCUGCUCCACUCCCACCACUACUGUGCUCAGAUAUGACUGGCCACCCUCCGUCCGCUAAGAUAGUCGGCCCUCUCACAAUGGAAGGCCGUUUCACGCUGCUGACGACUAGAGCCAGACCAUUCGCUGCUCUCAGUGCUCUCAGUGCUCUGCCACGUCCAAUCAGCUGCUCCGCAAUGUCAUGCUCCGCCAGAGCGUACGCAAGAUGAAGCACGGUGGCCUGCCUAUUCAGGUGUGGGCAGAAAGGACUACGGACGUGUUGUCGUUACACGCGCCGCUUCUCUUCUGGAGCCACGACUCCACCAGCGACGACGUAUCCUUCUGCUCGGCGCUUUCGAGCAAUGGGGUGUUGAUCUGGCUAUUACGCGGCUCGUCAAGUAUGUGUAUACACGACCGCAGCUGGCAGGAGGUCGAGUGAAGUAUAAGAACCCUCCUCGAUAUCAGCUUCUUCUGUACCACUCGACAUCCAACGACACUCGAACAACACAUUCCUACAAACAAGGCAAUGGCACCCGUCACUCAACUUCUGGCCCUUGGCCUCCUCUCCGUCGGCUCCCUUGCUCACCCCGGCCACAGUGUCGCGGAAGAAGCAGCAGAGCGAGCAGCAUUUGCAAGCCUCAAGCCUCGUAGCGUCCGCUCCUGUGCCUCUGAGCUGAAGCGUCGAGGCCACCUCGAGACUGCUCUUGCUCGUCGUCAAGCUUUUGCCAAACAGGCCCGCGCCAAACGCUCGAUCCCCGCCGACAAGCCCCUGGCUCGCCGCGACUUCAGCGACUACGACUUCUCCCACCUCUCAACCUCCGGAGUCAAGUACGGCGACGACGAGCUCACCCUCUUCUCCGACAACUCCAGCUGUGUCCUGCAGCCAGAAGUCACCCAGGGUCCCUACUACAUCGAUGGCGAGCUGAUUCGCUCUGACAUGUCCGAGGACCAAGCCGGUGUCCCUCUCUUCGUCGAUAUCCAACUCAUCGACACCUCCACCUGCGCCCCUGCACCCGCCAUCUACGUCGAUGCCUGGCACUGCAACAGCACUGGCGUCUACUCUGGCGUUUCCGCCCGCGGAAACGGAGACUCCGACGACACUUCUAACCUCGACAACACCUUCAACCGCGCUCUGCAACAAACCGACGUCAACGGUGUCGUCCAAUUCGAAACCACCUUCCCGGGUCACUACACUGGCCGUGCCACUCACAUUCACGUCCUCACCCACAACGCCGACUCCACCAUCAUCCGCACCAACGGCACCUUGCUCGAAAAUGCCGGAAACUUCACCACCUCCUCCUCGCACGUCGGCCAAAUCUUCUUCGACCAAGACCUCAUUUCCCAAGUCGAAGCCACCGAACCUUAUGUGAGCAACACGCAAGAACUGACCCUCAACUCCGAAGACUUUAUUCUCGCCCAGGAAGCCGCGGAUAUGGAUCCUUUUGUCGAAUACGUCAUGAUUGGCGACUCGAUUGAAGAUGGAAUUCUCGCUUGGAUUUCUUUGGGAAUCGACCCUUCGGUUGACGAUUCGAUCGGUUCGGCCGGAACGUAUUACAAGGAGGGUGGUGUGGCUAAUCCCAAGUCCGGAAUGGGUGGUCCUCCUCCUGGAAACGGCACUUUCCCACCGGGAUGGUCCCCUCCAAAUGGGACGACUGCUGCUUAAGAAAUUGCGGCAGCAGCAGCAGGUUGAGUUGAGUGUCAGAAUGUUGGAGAUGGAGAGAUACCUAAGCUAGGCACACAAAGGUAGAAACGGUACCUCCUUGCCUCUACAGGACUUUUUUCCAAUCUCCGUCGUAGUGUAGGGCUUAGAUUAUAGAUAGAUAAAUACCUACCCUACAUAGGUACCCAUUUACCGUACUGAGAUUACACAGAAUACAG